GGCCCCUCCUUCGGCGGGCGGCGGCGGGAUGCGGGGCCUGGACCGCGGCAGGUACGUGCUGGCGGGGAAGGAGCGGCCCGGCCGGACUGAGCGGCUCCGCGCUGUGAAUUCUUGUAGAAGAUUGAUAUCUCUGCCAACAUUUGUCCACACUAGAAGAUGGGUGGAUUAAUUUCAAGAUGGAGGCAGGCAAAGCCUUCCACUGUAGAAGUAUUAGAAAAAAUUGAUAAGGAAAUACAGACAUUAGAAGAAUUUAGAGAAAAAAAUCAGAGGCUACAGAAACUAUGGGUUGGAAGGCUGCUUCUCUACUCUUCACUUCUUUACCUUAUUACCUGCUUAAUUGUAUAUUUGUGGUGUCUUCCUGAUGAAUGGACAGCAAGGUUGAUUAUGACACUUCCAUUUUUUGCAUUUCCAUUGAUAAUCUGGUUUAUAAGAACACUGCUCAUUUUUUUCUUUUCCAAAAGGACAGAAAGGAAUAAUGAUGCACUGGAAGAUUUAAAAUCUCAAAAGAAAAAAAUACUUGAGGAAGUAAUGGAGAAGGAAACAUACAAGACUGCUAAAUUAAUCCUUGAAAGGUUUAAUCCAGAAUCAAGUGCAAAGGAGGCUGAACUGCCAUCUGCUGGAACAUCUGCAACCUCAAGACCUGGACAAGAAAUUCGUCAGAGGACCACAGCUCAAAGAAAUGCUUCUACACCCCCACCUCCAAGUCCUAAACAAGGCUCUCCAAAAUCGCUGGUUCCAGCAUCUCCUAAUCUGCAGAGAGACGCAUCAGUUCUAAGCGGACCCCCAGAAAAAACUGUUGUGCCACCCUUGCAGUCAAAUGUUUUACCAAGACGCCCUGGAUCUCCUGCUACUUCAGUGUCUGGAAUGGGUCUUCACCCUCCAGGCCCUCCUUUAGCAAGACCUAUUCUUCCUCGAGAAAGAGGAGUUGUGGAUAGAGUUAUUGAAUAUUUGGUUGGCGAUGGUCCUCAGAACAGGUAUGCCCUUAUAUGUCAGCAAUGUUUUUCUCACAAUGGUAUGGCAUUGAAGGAGGAGUUUGAAUACAUAGCAUUUAGGUGUGCCUACUGCUUUUUCCUGAAUCCUGCAAGGAAAACUAGACCUCAGGCUCCACGACUUCCAGACUUCAGUUUUGAAAGAAAGCAGUCUACAGAAUUGCGAUCUGAAACUGGGCCUCCAGAACCUAAAGAAGGAAAGCCCCAGGAGACUCAACAGACAGAAGAAUCUGAAGAAGACACAGCUCAGAUCGUUGAGACAAAUGAGACAGAUGAUAAAGCACCAAGCGCUGAGCAGCUAAAUGAUAAGUUAGCUGAAGAGGCUGAAAAAGAAGAAGCAGAGAACGUUUCAACAACUGAAGACUCUAUUUCAGAGUCUGUUUCAGCUGAACAAAGUGAAGAAUCUUUAAUGAAAACAGAAUAAAGUACUUCAAGUGCCUUCUGUAGCUAGUUUUUAGCUUUGUUCAUGCCUGUUGUUGCUAUUCAGGUGAGCUUUUUUUAAUGGUACAACUUAAAAAUCUCGCUUGAGCUUAAACUGCCUCAACUGCCACAGUAUGUCAAAGCUAUGUCUAAAAAUAGUUAUUGUAAAUAAAGCAUGUGUCUUUAAAUAAGUUAACACAGAAUGUGUAGUUGGUUGAAGUCUAACAGUAGUAGCCAUUGUUCAGUUUGCAUAUUUAAAAACUUAAAAGUAUAAGCUUUGCUAAGGGUGACCUAUAAUUUGCCAUCUCUUUAGCUGUCAUGUGUAAAGAGCAAUUACUGGCAGCAACUCGCCUAGUAAGUUUGGUUUAGUGAAAUUAAGAUAGAUUUUUUUUUUUUUUUUAAUGCUUCCCUCUUAAAAUGAAUUGAGUACAUUUUAAAUACACAGAUGUUUACAAGCUAAAGUGUCACCCGACAUUUGACUUAAGCGUAUGAAAGUGUCAUUACAAUGUUGUUAAUGGUAUUCAUUGUCUAACUUUUUGUCAGAAUUCAGUUAAAUAGCACUCGGAUAAAUGGAAUCUCCUUUGGUAUUUGCAUUGCAAAUGAACCGGAGGCACGUACAUACAAAACUGUUUUGUGUUUACAUAAAAUAUAGAAAGUCUCUGCACUUGAUUGUACUUGAAUACAAAGCACUAUUUAUACCUGUACAAUAAUGACAAGAUAUUUUUGUGCCUUUGUGUAUUUUGUUAAAGAAAAUAAAGACAUCUAGCAGCAA